AUGAACACUGAUGAAUUUAUAACAAAAUCUUCGGAUUUUUCUUCUUCAAAAUUACAUUUUCCUCCACCUCCUCCACCUCCUCCUUUAUCAGAAUAUGAUGAAAAUGUUAGGGAUGUAUUUGAUGAUUAUGAUGAUGGUGAUGAUUAUAUAUUUUCUGAUGAUGAUUUAAAAAGUUAUAAUAAAAAACAUGUUAAAACUUUAUCUCAACAUGCUCAACGUCAUCAUCUUCAUCAUCAUUCUCGUUCUCUUUCUUCCCCUUCUGUAAUCCCUUCUCUUAGUUCUCAACGUCCUUUAAUUCCUUCUAUAAAUUAUGAUAAUCAUAAUGAAUAUAAACAACGUACUAUAAAUUCUUCUAUUAAACUUAAUAAAUUUUUUGGUGAUAAACCUCCCUUAGAUAUUUGUGUUAAAGAAAUUGAAAAGGAAGGUUUAAAAGCUAUGUUACAUUCCAAAAUACCUUUAUGUUAUUUCUUAUAUUCUUUAUUAGAAGAAUAUUCGUGCGAAAACUUGUUCUUCUUUUUGGAGGUGGAACAAUAUGAAUCAUUUGUCUUUGUUAAUUCAACUCAACAAUAUACAACUGCUCAACAUAUAUUCGAUACUUAUUUAACUCAUAAUUCUCAAUUUGAAGUAAAUGUUGAUGAUAAAGUCCGUAAAUCUGUUAUAUCUUCAAUUAAAAGUCAACGUGAUCCAAAACAUUGUUUUGAUGAAGCGAAAAGAGCCAUUUUCGUUUUAUUAGAAGUUAGUUUUGCACGAUUUAUUAGAAGUCCUAUGGCUGAUUUAAUGAAACAAGAAAUAGGUAUGUUAUUAUUUCUCCUUAAAAAAGUUUUUUUUUUUUUUUUAAUUAUGAUAAUCACGUGA